GGAGUCUGCGCAGGGGGACGUGUUCCAGGCUGCGGUAGGCUGAAGUCCAACCGUGCGCAAAAACUAGGAAGCGACAUCUGGAGAAAGAGUAAGACCCCCCAAAAAAAAAGAAACAACCCACCGACUCCAAAGCCUGGUCUUAGUUGUUAUUGUAGUGUUUCUUGGAACCGAAGAGGCCGAGAUGACCGACCUGGAGAAGCUGAGGAUGACGGGUGCGGGGCGCGCCAUGGCGGUGUUGACCAGCGGAGGAGAUGCGCAAGGGAUGAACGCUGCUGUUCGAGCUGUGACCCGAAUGGGGAUUUAUGUCGGGGCCAAGGUCUAUCUGAUUUAUGAGGGCUACCAGGGUCUGGUGGACGGAGGCGACAACAUCAAAGUGGCUCAUUGGCACAGCGUGACCAACAUCAUCCAACUGGGUGGGACUGUGAUCGGCAGCGCAAGAUGUAAAACCUUCACCACGCGUGAGGGCAGACUCGCAGCCGCCUACAACCUGGUAAAGAGGGGCAUCACCAACCUGUGUGUGUGCGGAGGAGACGGCAGCCUCACGGGAGCCAACAUCUUCCGCAGCGAGUGGAGCGGUCUGCUGGCGGAGCUCGUAGAGAAAGGAAGGAUCACAGACACUCUGGCUGAGCAGCAUGGCCAUCUGAACAUCGUGGGGCUUGUGGGCUCCAUAGACAACGACUUCUGUGGCACCGACAUGACCAUCGGAGCCGACUCUGCGCUGCAUCGCAUCAUGGAGAUCGUCGACGCUAUCAUGACGACUGCUCAAAGCCACCAGCGCACAUUCGUCUUGGAGGUGAUGGGACGCCACUGUGGGUAUCUGGCCUUGGUGUCGGCGCUGGCAUCUGGAGCAGACUGGCUCUUUAUUCCAGAGGCACCUCCUCUGGAUGGGUGGGAGGAUCGAAUGUGUGCUCGACUGGAGGCGAGCCGCAAUACAGGGUCAAGGCUCAACAUCAUCAUCCUUGCAGAAGGAGCUAUUGACAGACACGGAAAGCCCAUCACAUCAAAUUAUGUAAAAGAUCUGCUCGUAAACAGAGUGGGUCAUGACACCAGAGUGACUGUUCUUGGCCACGUUCAGCGAGGAGGAACUCCCUCAGCCUUCGACAGAAUACUGAGCAGUAAACUGGGUGUGGAGGCCGUGAUUGCCCUGAUGGAGGCGUCCCCCGACACCCCGGCCUGCGUCAUCGGUCUGGCUGGGAACCGCGCUGUUCGUCUGCCUCUCAUGGAGUGUGUGGAGAUGACUAAGUUGGUGCAGACAUCAAUGAAUGAGAAGAGGUUUGACGAGGCUGUGAAACUACGUGGAGGGAGUUUUGAAAAUAACUGGAACAUCUACAAGCUUCUUGCCUUUCAAAAGCCUUCUCAGUCUAAGACUGAUUUCUCUGUGGCUAUCCUGAACGUGGGCGCGCCAUCUGGAGGGAUGAACGCAGCGGUGAGGUCCGCUGUGAGAUUAGCGCUCAUUCACGGACAUAAGGUCUACGCUGUCCACAACGGAUUUCUAGGACUCGCCAGUGAAGACAUGUUUGAGAUGGAGUGGCACAAAGUGGCAGGAUGGACGGGUCAGGGCGGAUCACUGCUGGGGACCAAACGAACCCUUCCAGAAAAAAACAUGGAGAAAAUUGUAGGAACCAUCAAAAAGUUCAACAUCUCAGCUUUGCUUGUAAUCGGAGGAUUUGAGGCGUACAAAGGUGUUCUGCAGCUGUGUGAAGCCCGGGCUCAUUACGAGGAGCUCUGCAUCCCCAUGUGUGUUAUCCCAGCGACCAUCAGCAACAACGUCCCUGGAACUGAAUUCAGCCUGGGAGCAGACACAGCAGUCAACGCUGCCAUGGAGGGUUGCGACAAAAUCAAGCAGUCUGCAUCUGGGACCAAGAGGCGUGUGUUUGUGGUGGAAACUAUGGGCGGAUACUGCGGCUACCUGGCCACCUACACUGGCAUCGCUGUGGGGGCUGACGCUGCCUACAUUUAUGAGGACCCCUUCAACAUCCACGACCUGACGACUAAUGUUGAGCAUUUAGCCGAGAAGAUGAAGAAGGACGUCCAACGAGGUUUAGUCCUGAGGAAUGAAAAAUGCCAUGAAAACUACACAACAGAUUUCAUCCAUAAGCUGUAUUUAUCAGAGGGAAAAGGCAUCUUUGACUGCAGAGUCAAUGUGUUGGGUCAUCUUCAGCAGGGAGGGGCACCUUCUCCCUUUGACAGAAAUUUUGGCACCAAGUUGGGUGUAAGAGGCAUCCAAUGGAUUUCAGAGAGACUGACUGAAAACUACAGACAAGGGCGUGUGUUCACCAACUCUGCAGACACCGCAUGUGUGCUUGGCCUCAACAAAAAGGUCAUCUGCUUCAGCCCUGUCACUGAACUGAAGGCUGAGACCGAUUUUGAGCAUCGUAUACCAAAGGUCCAGUGGUGGUUGAACCUGCGGCCGAUGCUAAAAAUGUUGGCCAAGUACCAAACCAGCUUCGACGAAUACGUCCCUGGAGAGAUGAAACAUGUGACUAAACGAUCCCUCAGUGUUGACCCAGGAUACUAGACUCAACUAUAGUGUAUUUUAUGCACUUUUUUGAACCCUUAUCUGCCCUUCCAUUAUGUUCGUACAGAGUAGUUUUCAACCACUGGAUAAUGAAAAUGCAGUAUUUGUAAAUGUCAGAAUCUAUGCAUCAAUUCACAAAACGAGGAUUUUACAAAAUUGCAGGUUUUUCUACUCUUGUACCAAAGUGCAAGUUAGACUCUUAACAUUAAAAACAUGUUUUUACUGCUGAAAAAUAUAUGUAAUAGGAGAUUUUAGAUUGCCUGGUAGGAAUAGGUUGCUUUCAGAUGUCCUAUAAAAAGAAAUAUUAGCUUCAUUAAGGGAAUAAUACUGAGCCAGAAUAAUGAUUUUAACUGGGAAACAUUUUAAAGAAGAAUUUGUAGACAUCCCUGCAUGUGCUGUACUGUUGCAAGUUAGUGAGUUAGUUGUAAGUGAUGCCCCUUUGAUAACAUACAUCAUGUGACUUACAAAGUAUACCUCAUGUAACAUGCAACAUGUUUAUUUCCUGUUAUUUGUACAAUAAGACUGAAACAUGCAAACUACAAAUUGUCACUACCUACUUUACUACACUGUUAAAUGAACUGAGUGUUGUUUUUAUGUUAAAGUUAUAUCUUAAAUAAAUACAUUCCAAA